AUGUCGUUUGGAGGCCAGACCCCAACCAUCAUUGUCCUGAAAGAAGGCACCGACACCUCGCAGGGCAAAGGCCAGAUCGUCUCCAACAUCAAUGCCUGCCUGGCGGUCCAGGCCACCAUCAAGUCGACGCUGGGCCCCUAUGGCGGCGACCUGCUGAUGGUCGAUCAGAAUGGCAAGCAGACGAUUACAAAUGACGGCGCGACGGUCAUGAAGCUCCUCGACAUCGUCCACCCCGCCGCCCGCAUCCUCGUCGACAUCGCACGGUCACAAGACGCAGAGGUCGGAGACGGAACCACGUCCGUCGUCGUCCUGGCCGGAGAGAUCCUCAAGGAGGUCAAGGAGCACGUCGAACAGGGUGUCAGCUCACAGAUCAUCAUCAAGGGCCUGAGGAGGGCGGUCCAGAUGGCCGUCAACAAGAUCAAGGAGAUUGCCGUCAGCACCGAGGAUGGCAGCCAGCGCGAUACCCUGAGCAAGCUCGCCGCCACCGCCAUGACGAGCAAGCUGAUUAAGCGAAACACGGAGUUCUUCACAAAGAUGGUGGUUGACGCCGUCCUAUCCCUCGACCAAAACGACCUCAACGAAAAACUGAUUGGCAUCAAGAAGAUCCCCGGCGGCUCCCUGACCGAGUCGCGCUUCGUCAACGGCGUCGCCUUCAAGAAGACGUUCGCCUACGCGGGUUUCGAGCAGCAGCCCAAGUCGUUCCAGAAGCCCAAGAUUGUGUGCCUCAACGUCGAGCUGGAGCUCAAGGCGGAAAAGGACAACGCCGAGGUGCGCGUCGAGCAGGUGUCGGAAUACCAGGCCAUUGUCGACGCCGAGUGGCAGAUCAUCUACCAGAAGCUCGAGGCCAUCUCCAAGACGGGCGCCAAGGUGGUGCUCAGCAAGCUGCCCAUUGGCGACCUGGCCACGCAGUACUUUGCCGACCGGGACGUCUUCUGCGCCGGCCGCGUCGCCUCGGAGGACAUGGAGCGCGUCACCCAGGCCACCGGCGCCGUCGUCCAGUCGACGUGCUCCGACAUUUUGCCCGAGCACCUCGGCACCUGCGAGCGCUUCGAGGAGCGCCAGAUCGGCGGCGAGCGCUACAACUUCUUCGAGGGCUGCCCCGAGGCCAAGACGUGCACCCUGGUGCUGCGCGGAGGCGCCGAGCAGUUCAUUGCCGAGGUCGAGCGGUCGCUGCACGACGCCAUCAUGAUUGUCAAGCGCGCCGUCAAGAACAAGACCAUUGUCGGCGGCGGCGGCGCCGUCGAGAUGGAGGUCUCGGCCUACCUGCACCAGUACGCCGACAAGAACAUCCCGCACAAGCAGCAGGCCAUCAUCAAGGCCUUCGCCAAGGCGCUCGAGAUCAUCCCGCGCCAGCUGUGCGACAACGCCGGCUUCGACGCCACGGACAUACUCAACAAGCUGCGCGUCGAGCACCGCAAGGGCAACACGUGGGCCGGCGUCGACUUCACCAACGAGGGCACCGCCGACAUGCUGGAGCGCUUCGUGUGGGAGCCCGCGCUCAUCAAGGUCAACGCGCUGCAGGCGGCCACCGAGGCGGCGUGCCUGAUCCUGGGCGUCGACGAGACGAUCCGCAACGAGGAGAGCGCCCAGCCGCAGGCGCCGGGACAGCAGCUCCCGCCCGGAGCGGCGCAGAGGGCGCUCAGAGGCAGAGGACGGGGCAUGCCUCGACGGUAA